AUGUUAAAAUCUAUUAUAACUAAGUCCUUUACAGCAAAAAACAACAUUGCAAGAAUGACUAGUAUUCAUAGUGCCUAUAAAGAGGAAAUCCAUGAUGUGCCGAUGUCCGUGAUUACAAGGCCUUUCAUUCCGGAACUCGAUGAAAGUAAGGUGCAAUCACUUAUGGAUACGAUCCAGAAAGAAGAAGAGGCUGGCAAUGUUCCGCCGAUAGAUGUUUUGUGGGUCAAAGGCUACGAAGGCGGAAACUAUUAUUACAGUUUCGGCGGCUGCCAUCGCUUUGCGGCGUACAAGAGGCUAAACAGGCCAACGAUACCCGCGAAGCUUAUCAAAUCCACUGUAUCCGAUCUACGGACGUACCUUGGCAACAGUACACCGGACCUGAAG